CUUUUUCAGAGUCAUCACUCAGACGACCAGUGACGACGAGCGCUAUCGAAAGGGCCUCAAGUCCAGUGACUCGACCCUGUCCUCGUUAUCGGUCGAUAUUGAAGAAAAAGGACGCCAAAGCGAGCUGUAUGCUUCAUCGCAUCGCUCUGUCCGUAUCACGACGACGAAUCUUUGCCUUCAAUCCUCGACAGUUGCCCAGUCACAAUCUAUUUAGCCGCACCAUCAUGUCGUCGCCUCCCGUGAAUGCGCCCCCCAAAAACGCGGCCGACGAUGCGACACCACAGGCUCCUGCUGCCAAUGGGUCCACGACUGCCGCCGCCACUGCAGACGGAGGUGCUGCUCCCAUCCUUGGACCCGAUGGCAAGCCCAUGACAAAGAGCGCCGCAAAGAAGGCAGCAAAGGAGGCUGCUGCCGCCGCCAAAAAGGCCGAGAAAGAGGCGCUAAAGGCACAGAAAACCCCAGCGGCUGGUAGCGGGGCCAAAAAGGAGAAGGUGAAGAAGGAGCAAAAGGUCGAGCCGGAAUGGGUUAACAACACUGUUGCGGGCGAGAAGAAGGACCUGUCGCAGCCGAUGGAGUCCGGUUACAAUCCAGAGCACGUCGAGCAGUCUUGGUACCAGUGGUGGGAGAAGAGGCAAUUCUUUACGCCUCGACCCAUCACGGCCGAGGACCCCUACGAUGAGAAGAGGACCUUCGUCAUCCCAGCACCACCGCCAAACGUCACCGGUGCGCUCCACAUCGGCCAUGCUUUAACCAUUGCGAUUCAGGACACUCUGGUCCGGUUUUACCGUAUGAAGGGGUAUCGUGUACUCUUUUGCCCUGGAUACGACCACGCAGGUAUCUCGACCCAGGCCGUUGUCGAAAAGAGAUUGGCAAAGAGUGAGGGAAAGACGAGGCAUGACUACGGCCGUGAAGGCUUCCUCGAAAAGGUCUUUAGCUGGAAGGACCAGUACCAGGCGCACAUCGGCGGGCAGAUGCGGAGACUCGGUGCUUCCUACGACUUCACCCGCGAGGCCUUCACCAUGGACCCGCCGAGGUACAAGGCCGUGACGGAAAACUUCUGCAAGCUGCACGAGGACGGCAUCAUCUACCGCGCCAACCGGCUCAUCAACUGGUGCUGCUUCCUUCAGACUACCAUCUCCAACCUCGAAGUCGACCAGAAGCAGCUCAACGGCAGGACUCUGAUGAACGUUCCAGGCUAUGACUCCAACGAAAGGGUCGAGUUCGGUGUCAUCAUCUCCUUUGCCUACCAGAUCGAAGGCUCUGAAGACAAGAUCAUUGUCGCUACCACUCGUAUCGAGACGAUGCUCGGCGACACCGCCAUUGCCGUCCACCCAGAUGACGAGCGGUAUAAGCAUCUGCAUGGCAAACAUGUCAUUCAUCCAUUUAUUGCCGACCGAAAGAUCCCCAUCGUUGCCGACUCGAUUGCCGUCGACAUGGCUUUCGGUACGGGUGCUGUCAAGAUCACACCGGCCCAUGACCCCAAUGACUACGACGUUGGCAAGAGGCACAAUCUCGAGUUCAUCAACAUUCUCAACGAGGACGGCACACUCAACGAGAAUGCAGGCGAAUUCAAGGGUAUGAAGCGCUUCCACGCCCGUCGAGCCGUCCAGGAAGCUCUCAAGGCCAAGAAUCUCUACAUCGAGACAAAGGACAACCCCAUGACGGUGCCCGUUUGCUCGCGAUCGGGUGAUAUCGUCGAGCCCGUCCUCAAGCCGCAGUGGUGGGUCGACUGCAAGCCUCUGGCCAAGCAGGCUGUCGAGGCCGUUGAGAAGCAGGGUAUGAUCAUCACUCCGGAUGUCUCGAAGCGAGAGUUCUACCGGUGGAUGGAGAACAUCCAGGAUUGGUGCAUCUCGAGACAGCUCUGGUGGGGCCACCGCGUGCCGGCAUACUUUGUCGACAUCGAGGGCAAGGAGCAGGACCACGAUGACGCCAAGAACUGGGUCGUGGGCCGCACAGAAGCCGAGGCGCACUCGCGUGCCGAGAAGGUGGCUGGACAAGGCGUCAAGUUCACCCUUGUCCAGGACGAAGACGUGCUCGACACCUGGUUCUCCUCUGGUCUUUGGCCCUUCUCGAUCAUGGGGUGGCCGGAGAAGACGGAUGACAUGAAGUACUACUACCCCAACUCGCUCCUCGAGACUGGCUGGGACAUUCUCUUCUUCUGGGUCGCGCGCAUGAUCAUGCUCGGCGUCCACCUGACUGGCUCGAUCCCUUUCAAAGAGGUCUUCUGCCAUGCCAUGGUCCGAGACGCACACGGACGCAAGAUGAGCAAGUCGCUGGGCAACGUCAUCGACCCCAUCGACGUCAUCCAAGGCAUCAGUCUCGAGGGUCUGCACCAGAAGCUUCGCGAAGGCAACCUCGACGAGAAGGAAGUCAUCAAGGCCACCCAGGGCCAGAAGAAGGACUACCCCAAGGGCAUCCCUCAGUGUGGAACCGACGCCCUGCGCUUUACCCUUUGCGCAUACACGAGCGCCGGCCGAGACCUCAACCUUGACGUCUCGCGCGUGGAAGGAUACCGCAAAUUCUGCAACAAGCUCUGGAACGCCACUCGCUUUGCGCUCCUCAAGCUCGAGGGCGACUUCCAGCCUGCUGCAGACGAGAAGCCCACAGGCCGCGAGUCGGCUGUCGAGAAGUGGAUCCUCCACCGACUCAACGCCGUGGCCGAGGAGGCGAACCGAGGACUGGAGGAGCGAAAUUUCAUGUCAACCACCGGCGCUAUUUUCAACUUCUGGCUUUACGAGCUCUGCGACGUCUACAUCGAGGCCAUCAAGCCCAUCACCGAUGCCAGCGCAGAGCCUGCGGCAAGGGCCUCAGCCCAAGAGACGCUUUACACGUGCCUGGAUGCUGGUCUCCGUCUCCUCCAUCCAUUCAUGCCUUUUGUCACCGAGGAGCUCUGGCAGCGUCUUCCCAGGCGUGCCUCGACGCGGGAUAUUGAGACGAUCGCCCUGGCCUCAUACCCCUUCCCAAUGAAGGAGCGACAGGACGAGGCCGCUGCGCAGAAGUUCGAGAAUGUCUUUACGACUGUGCGAGCGACCCGGUCGGUAGCUAAUGACUACAACCUCCUCUCUAAGAUCCAGAUCUUCCUCGAGUCCAACGAUGCCGAAGUCAGGGACAACCUCGAGGCGCACAGAGACAUGAUCCUGACGCUCGUCAAGGGCUCGCAGUCGCUUGAGGUCGUCGAUUCGUCUGCCAAGGUGCCGCCAGGCUGUGCCGUCUCGUCGCAGCCCCAGCUCAAGACCAACAUUCACGUUCUCGUCAAGGGCCUCGUCGACAUCGACCGAGAGGUAUCCAAUCUGGACAAGAAGAUCGAGGUCAACCGGCAGGCGCGGGAGAGGGCUGUCCAGAUGACGCAGAAGGAUGAGUGGAGCAAGGCACCAGAGGAGGUCAAGCAGCAGCAGAUUGAGAAGAUCAAGACGUUCGACGAGGAGCUGGGAGCGCUCGAAGCUGCAAAGAAGAACUUUGAGAUUAUUAGAGGAGACUGAGAGCUGGGCCCCUUGUCAUGUAGCUUGACUCUCACUAGUUUUGUCGGUCGAAUGCCCAUAAUUUUAGAAUGCCCAUAAUUUUAGAGAG